AUGGCCGGGGCCAAGCGGGACCCGCACGGGAGGGCCCCUUCCGAGCCCCCUCCCAAGCCGGUGGUACCGGGGGUCCUUUAUUUGUCCUUCCUCCCCCCGGGCUUCGGCCCCCGCCAGGCCCGGGCGCUGCUGCGGCCGCACGGGGAGCUGGGCAGGGUCUUCCUGCAGCCCCGCGGAGGCUCCGUGCGGCGGCGGCGGCAGCGCCCGGGGGGACCCCCGGCCGUGGCGUUCGCCGAGGGCUGGGUGGAAUUUCGGGACAAACGCGCGGCCAAACGCGCGGCCAAAAUCCUGCACGGAGCCCCCAUGGCCCCCCGGCCCCGCAGCCCCUUCCGCCAUCACUGCUGGAGCAUCAAGUACCUGCCCGGCUUCCGGUGGCCUCACCUGAGCGAGCGGCUCAGCUACGAGCGCCAGGUGAGGGCUCAGCGCCUGCGGGCCGAGGUGGCCCAGGCCAAACGUGAGGGGGCGUUCUACGCCCACCGCGCCUCCAAAAGCACCAAAGACCCCCCCAAAACCUCGGGAGACCCCGCCGCCCCUCCCCCGACAUGGGGUUUCACCCAAAGAAAAACCGAGGAGGAGAUUUGGAAACGCAAAGCUCGGCCCCCCCCGGCCGCGCCCCCCCAAACGCUGCUGGAGAAGAUUUUUGGGGCAGGGAGGUGAGACC